ACAGGCUGUGGUCUAUCUUGGUUUAGUUAUAGAAAUCUUUGCUAUUACUAUUGCUCACUAUAAGCAUGGAACUAGUUAUUGCAACCAUUUGUUUUACGGGGAACAAAAUGAACUGCUGCACUGAGCAUACCAUUGCAUGAAUGAAUGGAAUUUGGAAGCGAAUGAGCUAGCCAUCAUUUUGAGUGGUUUGGUGAAUGCUAGUCAAUUUAAACUGCGUAUAUAAACAUAACUAAGUUAUUUAAAUAUAAAAAGUAUUAUCUUCUGAAUAAAGACCGGAAGGCGUAUGAACAACGGGCGGCAGUCAAACUAGCUACCUUGGUAACUUCAAAUAGAGACAGGCCAGAAUAAAGAUGGAAACGAUACUUGACCUACCAAUUGAAAAUAAGAUAUUUUAUGCUGUUCUGGUGUUCUCGUGGACGGUUUAUCUAUGGGAGGCCUACCUUGCGUACAGACAGCGGAGGAUAUACAGGUCGACCAUGCACGUGCCACAAGAGUUGGGGAAGAUCAUGGACACGGACACCUUUGAGAAGUCACGUCUUUAUCAACUGGACAAGAGCAACUUCAGUUUCUGGUCUGGACUGUAUUCAGAAACUGAGGGGACGCUGAUCCUGCUCCUUGGUGGAAUCCCUUUUCUUUGGAAAGUUGCUGGGACUGUGACUGCUCGUUUUGGAUUGGGUCCAGAGUAUGAAAUCUUCCAGUCUCUUUCGUUUCUGAUGCUUGCGACUCUGUUCAGUGCCUUCACUGGCCUUCCCUGGAGUAUCUACAACACCUUUGUCAUUGAGGAGAAGCAUGGCUUCAACCAGCAGACGCUGGGGUUCUUCCUGAAGGAUGCUGUGAAGAAGUUUAUUGUGACCCAGUGUAUCUUGUUGCCAGUGACCUCACUGCUCCUCUACAUCAUCAAGAUUGGUGGAGACUUCUUCUUCAUCUACGCCUGGCUCUUCACACUGGGGGUCUCUCUGGUGCUGGUGACCAUCUAUGCUGACUACAUUGCUCCCCUAUUUGACAAGUUCACCCCUUUGCCAGAGGGCGAGCUGAAGGAAGAGAUUGAGAGCAUGUCCAAGUCUAUCAGUUUCCCCCUCACUAAGGUCUAUGUAGUAGAAGGUUCCAAGCGCUCCUCCCACAGUAACGCUUACUUCUAUGGGUUCUUCAAGAACAAGCGCAUAGUGUUGUUCGACACCCUGAUGGAGGACUACUCCCCCCUCAACAAGGACGGAGAGCCAGAGACUGUGCCAGCAGAGGAGACUGACACACCAACCGAGGCCAAAGCCAAGCCCAAGAACAAGAAGCAAGGCUGCAACAACCCAGAGGUCUUGGCCGUGUUGGGCCACGAGCUGGGCCACUGGAAGUUGGGCCACACUGUGAAGAACAUUGUCAUCAGUCAGAUGAACUCCUUCUUGUGCUUUUUCCUCUUUGCUGUGUUAAUUGGACGGAAGGAGCUGUUCAUGGCCUUUGGUUUCUAUGACAGCCAGCCCACGUUGAUUGGGUUGAUGAUCAUAUUCCAGUUCAUCUUCUCCCCAUAUAAUGAGGUCCUGUCCUUCUGUCUGACGGUCCUGAGCCGCAGGUUUGAGUUCCAGGCGGAUGCCUUUGCGCGGGGCAUGGGCCGAGCCUCAGAGCUCUACUCCGCCCUCAUCAAGCUCAACAAAGACAACCUGGGCUUCCCUGUGGCCGACUGGCUCUUCUCCAUGUGGCACUACUCCCACCCUCCCCUUCUGGAGCGCCUACGGGCCCUGGGAGGCACGAAGCAGGACUGACGGGCCCCGAAGGGAGAGCCACGUCUGCUGCCUCUACCCAAAGGCCUCCGCAAGCCACUUCUGGCCCUCUGAUGUCCUCCCCACCCCUAUCUUUCUCGCUGUUUCCUUGUUUUUGUUAUCCUUUAUCUUUACCAUUAGGUUCCUUUUUUCAAUUUCAAACUUAAACAAUACCAAAAUGGUUUGGUUUUGGUGAGACGAAGAGAUCUCGUCUAUGCUUAUUCUAGGCAAACAUGAAGGAACAGAUGUCAUAAACACAAAACCAUUGUGGGCAUAAAUAAUUGCCCUAAAAUGUUAUUUUAAGCACUUGCCACUAGUACAGGUCACAUUUAUCAAGGAUUGCUCAUUAUAUUUCGGCAAGGUUUUUAUUUCUUACUCAGUUUUAUUUGAAUUUUAUUUACUUCCCUAAGAAUUUGUCAUUCCAAGUGUUUUCUCAUAAAACCUCAAAUUGUACUGUAGCGUAACGAUCCCGGUCCAAUCCAUUUUUAGAGGGGUUUGAAAAAGAAACUGUGCUCCCUGAUUAUCAAGUGUCAAUAGGAUGUAUUGCUUGUACAGAGAAUGGGCCAACAAUUAAUUAUUAGUAUAUACUGCUGCCUAGGCUGUGACCGAACAGAGGAAUUAACAAUUUAGGUUACAUUUCUCUGCAUUUCUUUUUGACACAAUUUCGUUUUUUUUUUUUUUUUUUAUGCACUUGUUUAUAAACAAGGGUCUGACCUUACUGUACUUGUAAAUAAUUGAUUAGCGAUUAGCUUGGCAAAAGGAGAAAAAAGUGAAUGCAAACUUUUGGCAUAUUUGAAUGUGGUUUGGAAUCUUCUGUUAUUGUUUAGUUCUCUACUUCUGGUGCCUGUGUGCGAGGUUUGAUCGUGAACCCAGUCUUGGCUGGGGGACUGGGGUGGCUGUAAGUCACCUCACAUCACAUCACAUAACUCAAGUGUUUGGUUUGAUAUAGGACAUACAGUACUUUUCUUGCAAUAUUGUGAAUAAAGUCCCUCACAGCA